UGUGUGUGUGUGUGUGUGUGUGUCGAUACUUACCUCUGUUGCCUACAACAGGUAUGUACGUAGGUAGGUAGGCAUGUACGUAGGUACGUAUGUGGUAUGCGUAUGUGCCUGUGAUAAUCUGUCCGUAUGAUGCCAACGAGGGCCGGUUCGCGUUAUUACUGGACGCUGCUGGCAACCCGUUCGCGAUUUUCGUUGCUUGUCGCGGUAUAGCCACGUCGAUCACCUGCGACUUUUCAGGCCUGCGAAUCCCACUUGGCAGGCGGUUUCGGGGCUGCCCGGCUUCUCCAGGUCCUUGUCCGUCUUCGCCCUUGUCCCAUGUCCAUGUCCUUGCCCACGUCCUUGUCCUUGUCCUUGUCCCAGUGCCCCUUGUCUGCCCGCCCGCCCCGAUUGCCGGUUUGGCUCUCGGGGUUUGACGUCCUGCGAAGAUGUUGUUUGGGUAGGCGAGGCCAAGCUGCGCUGUGAACCCUGCGUCCUGGUCCGAGAGAGGAAGAGGGGGCCUGGGAGCAGGAGGGAGAGGGAGAAGGCGAGAGAAAAAGAAGAAAGAAAAAAAAAAAAGGAUCCCCAAGGCGUUAGCAAAGAAAAACAAAAACAAAAGAGAUAGACGAAGGAUUAGAUCGGAA